AUGUUCUCCAGUACCGUGGCCCGUCCACUACAGCUGGCCACCCGGUUCAUGCAGUGGGCCAGUGCAGUCAUCGUGAUGGGUAUCACUUCAUACUUCAUCCACAAGGGACCUCGCGGCCAGCACACUAUCUACUGGGAAGUCAUUUCGACCAUGUCUGUUGUCUUCUUCCUGCCCGCCUUCAUCUCGCCGUUCAUGCCCAAUGCCCUAAGCAAGUUUGUCCUGAUCAUCGAUGUCAUCUUCUCGUACCUCUGGCUCACGGCUUUCAUCUUUGCCGCACAAGACUACAACUGGCACAACUGCGCCUUCAACUCUCCCCCCGGCCUGUCCUGCUCUAAGAAGAAGGCCAACGAAGCCUUCAUCUUCCUGACCUUCAUCUUCACCUUCUUCGCCAUGUUCCUCGAAGUCGGUGCGCUCUGGGCCUACCGUCGCGAGAGCACCCCUGUCCGGGAGAAGAACACUGGUGGCGCUCACGGCGGUCCUGCUGACGCGCCUCUGGCCACAGCCUAG